AACAACAGAGAAGAUGAGGGUUAUUAUUCUGGCUGUUUUAAUUUGUGCGUGUCAGGCUGCACAGGAUCCAGAAAACUGCCGACCUCCACAAUUCCAAAACAACGGCUUUUUUGUCCCAAAUUCGGAGAAUUACAGAACCGGAGAUAAAAUCACCUACGGCUGUAACACGGGUCUGAAACCUGACCUGAAAACAUGGUGGGGGGAGAUAACAUGCAAGAAUGGAGAGUGGUCACACACCCCUCGGUGUAUUGAUGAAGCAUGGUGCAUUACAACACAUGUGCCAAACGCCAAACCAGAUGUGUUACAAGCAGCUGCUCCUGGUAAGUAUGAUUUUGAAUGUGACCACGGCUACUGGAUUGAAGGUGGAAAGUCAAUAGCUGAGUGUGUAGCUGGAUCUUGGACCCUUCCCGAGUGUAAGCGAAAGUCCAACUCUUGUGCUCCUCCUCCCCGUGUUUACAAUGGAAUGAUCACAACACCUUACCGCAGUAUGUUUGAGAAUGGGGAGAAGAUUGAAUAUAUUUGUGCAAGAGGAUAUAGGUUAGAUGGAGACAAAACCAACACUUGUGAGCAAGGCACGUGGUCCUCUAACCCUAGUUGUGUUGAAGUAAAAUGUACUGACGAGCCAUAUGUGGACAACGGCCGAGAAGCAGAGGGAUUAAAAUACUCCUAUAAUCACGGAGAGACUGUUAGAUUCAUAUGUAACAUAGGCUAUGAGUUUAAAGGAACAGACACUGCACGGUGUGAAGAUGGAACUUGGAAGCUCCCAGUGUGUAAAGUUGAAGUAAAAUGUACUGACGAGCCACGUGUGGCUUACGCCCGAGCAGCAGAGAGAUUGAAAUACUCCUAUAAUCACGGAGAGACUGUUAGAUUCACAUGUCCCAGUCCUUAUAAGUUUGAAGGAACAGACACUGCACGGUGUGAAGAUGGAACUUGGAAGCUACCAGUGUGUAAAUAUCCAACAUGGUGUUCUGUCCCACGUGUGCCAAAUGCCCGACCUGUAUAUCAGUUAAAAGCACUCUAUUCUCAUGGAGAACACGUCCAAUUUGCAUGUGAGAGCGGCUAUACAUUUGAACAUGGAUUAUCAUAUGCAACGUGUGAUCUUGGAACUUGGAGACUGCCAGUGUGUAAAGGUGCAGGAGGUGGAGGCGGUGGUGAAUCUAUACAUCCUGACCUGCUGCCAGUACGUGAUUGUGGAUCUCACCCACUUAUUGUAAAUGGAGAUGUUACAGAGCUGCCAAGUGGAAAGGAAUUAAAAGUUCAGUGUAAAAGAUAUUAUAAACUAGAAGGACCUGAAAAAGUAGGAUGUGUGGAAGAAGAAUGGACGGAGCUCCCGGUGUGUAAACUUACAGGAGGUGGGGGCGGUGGUGAAUUUCUACGUCCUGAUCAGAUUGGGGUUCUGCUGCCAGUACGUGAUUGUGGAUCUCACCCACUUAUUGCUAAUGGAGAUGUUACAGAGCUGCCAAGUGGAAAGGAAUUAAAAGUUCAGUGUGCAAUAUAUUAUAAACUAGAAGGACCUGAAAAAGUAGGAUGUGUGGAAGGGGAAUGGACGGAGCUCCCGGUGUGUAAACUUACAGGAGAUGGAGGCGGUGGUGAAUUUCUACGUCCUGAUCAGAUUGGGGUUCUGCUGCCAGUACGUGAUUGUGGAUCUCACCCUCUUAUUGCUAAUGGAGAUGUUACAGAGAUGCCAAGUGGAAAGGAAUUAAAAGUUCAGUGUGUGAAAUUACAUAAACUAGAUGGACCUAAAACUGUAGGAUGUGUGAAUGAGGAAUGGACGCCGCUUCCAGAGUGUAAACCUCCAUGUAAAGUGGAAGGUGAACGUAUUCAUUCUAGUCAGUCUGAUGAAUAUCUGCAAGAGGGUGAAGAGAAGAGAUAUUACUGUGCUUUCCUCAAGAGAAUAACUGUCAGAUGCUUCAAAGGAACAACAAUUUACGGUGAAUGUAAAUGGAGUCUGUGGAAAGAGAACUUCGCCAUCCUGGCUGCAUGA